CAUCUUGGUUAGGGGCAGAGGCUCAGCUCGGGGCCGGGACGGCGGGCUGGUCCUGGGAGGGGCGAUUCAGUCCGAAACACAGAGGUCGCGAGGAACGAGCGGAGAACCUGGACAUCAGGUCUGAAUUACUCUGAAAUCAAUAGUCAUGUCAUCCAACAAGUUUGUUGUAAAGUGUGGGAAAUUUGCUGUCCUUGUGGAUCUUCAUAUUUUGCCUCAAGGCUCAAAUAAAGACACCAGCUGGUUUUCGGACCAUGAGAAGGAGGAAAUAUGUGUGCUUCUAAAAGAAACCAUUGAUGCAAGAGUUAAGGCUUACUUGGAUGGUCGGAAAAAGCACAGCCUGUCAAAACCCCCAGAAUUUACCCGAUCCAAUCCCUUGUCCUUAAAAGGAUAUGGUUUUCAGAUUACAGCUUACUUCCUCAAAAGAGGAGUUCACCUUCGCUGCAUUGUCGGGAAACAGAAUCGUGAGCUGUGUGUAUUCCCAGACAGAUUCGUGGUUUGUGUAAACCAACUUGAAUCCAAUUCCAGUCUUUUGGCAAGUAAAAGUAAAACCCUGAAAGAAAAGCCUUCCAGUGGGAUAUCUGAUUAUUUUGCUGAGUCUGCAGAGAAUCAGCUUCCUCCUAUUGCACAGCACAGGCAGGCAACCCUAAAAGAAAUGGUGAAGAGGACUGAAACAAAGAACUGUACCAUAAGCAAACCUCAAACCAACAAAAAUCCCAUGAACACAUAUCUUGGCUCAUUCAACUCCUAGACAUAGAGCAGGAAGGCUGAAUGUCAAGCGUCUCCUGGUCUUGAGUCUGAAGCAAAUUGUAGGAGUACAGGACAACCGAAAAAUGGCAUAAAUACAGCUGAGAGCAACUUGGAGCUUCCUGACAAAGAUUUGGAAAAUGUUAAUCAGACACAGCCAGAAGGUGCAAGCCGCCAGCAAAAACCUCAUUCGGGGGAGCAGUUAAAGACAAGACUUCUGAGCAGAAACCCUCCUUGUAGCUGUGAGUCAGCAUCACCAAGUCCAAAACAGAGUCAAAAACCGACUCAAACUCCAUGCAAACGAAAGAGACGUGGUUCCGAGGGAAACCUCGACCAUCGCAAGAAAGCGUCUUUUGGAAAGGAUCAAUUAGUGUCAGGACGGGAAGCGGUAAAAGAGAAUAACACUGAAUCCUACAUGCCAGCUUUGGAGUUGUCAAAUCCUGUGUUGUUUUUGAAGCAAGAACUUGGCAAAAGUCAUUUUGGCCUUCUGAAAAAUCAAGACAAGGGCAGUAGCAUAACCAAGGCCCUGGCUGAAGUUGUGAAAGUGCCUAGGUUAUUAGCUGACAUGACAUUUGUUUCAGGUUUUCUCUCAGGAACUGAUCCAGAAGAAAAUCUCUGCAGGCUUCUGAAGUCUUCAAAUCCCAGAAGGCCAUGUGCGGACAGUGUCGGUCAUCAUGGCGUCAGGUAUUCGGAGUCCGGUGAUUUCAGCUACAUGUUCCGGAUGGCUCUGUUAGGAGGUUGCUGCUGGUCAGGACUGAAAUGGCUGCAGAAGCCAGUGCUCCUAGCCAAGGUGGGAAGCCGAGGCAGACCGUGGCAGCAGCAGCACGUGGUCUUUCCCGAUCCCAGGGUGGAACUGGAGAGCAGUCUCCCUGGGUCCUGCAGGCUGGAGCAAAAUCUGGAAGCAGCAGCAGGGGAGCUGUGUUGGAUUAGGAAGGACCCCCUGCAGUGGCUCAGGUUUUCUCCCUCCCGCUGCUUUCUCCACUCAGCAGCCCCGGGACAUUACUACUUCCCUGCAAAUCCUGGACUACUCAGGACCACCCCCCAGCCCCGGAUCGAGUGGCCCAGAGGGGCAACAUGA